AUGCCUCGAAAGCUCUCGAACCCCUUCUCGUCAUCCACCAUGUCCAGCGAGCGACGGCCAUCCCACUCAAAGGGCAACCGCCUCGCGGGCUUCUUUUCGAAAUCCAAGGAGCAGCAAGCAGUGUCGCACCACCAAGGAGCCUCGCCCCAGAUGGCUGGCUCCCCUAGCCCCCUUCCGACCAUUUCUCUGUCGGCAGUUGGAGGGGAGGAACUCAACACCGAUGAACCGCCGACCACACUCUUUGAACCCCCUUCGGCCGACGAGGCCAAGAGCCAGGAGCGCCGCGAGGCUCAGUUUGGUCCUUUACUCGACGUGAACCACCUCUAUAUUAGUGCCCACCAGGGCGGCCCCCUCGAGACCCCUAUCGAAGACGAGCCGGCUUACUACUUCGUCCUUACAACUUAUAUCAGCUACCUGCUUCUAAUUGCUUUUGGCCACGCGCGGGAUUUCUUCGGAAAGCGAUUCGGUGACAAGAAGCACUACCAGAGUCUUAAAGUGUUCAACGGCUACGCCCCCCUUAACGAUGACUUUGACAACUUUUACGUCAGGCGGCUGAAGCUCCGCCUCGAUGACUGCUUUGCCCGGCCGACUACCGGCGUCCCCGGCCGGUACAUCACUCUCAUCGACCGCAAGUCAGAUGAUUUCAACCGUACCUACAAGUACACCGGCACAUACACUCAGACCUUGAAUGUCAGCUCGUACAACUACCUUGGUUUUGCUCAAUCUGAGGGCCCUUGCGCCGACGCCGUUGAGGAGUGUGUGCGCAAGACUGGCCUCAGCUUUUGCUCCCCACGCGCUGAUUCCGGUACCUCCGAACUAGCCCUCGAGGUGGAGCGCGAGGUUGCGCAGUUUGUCGGCAAGCCCGCUGCCAUGGUGUUCUCGAUGGGUUUCGUGACCAACGCCGGCUCCUUCCCUGCGCUCGUCUCCAAGGGCUGCCUAAUCAUCUCGGACGAACUCAACCAUGCCUCUAUCCGUAUCGGCGCUCGUCUGUCCGGAGCUGUCAUCCGCUCGUUCAAGCACAACGACAUGGGAGAUUUGGAGAAGAAGCUGCGUGAAGCUAUUUCCCAAGGCCAACCCCGCACUCACCGCCCCUGGAAGAAGAUCCUCGUUGCCGUGGAGGGUCUGUAUUCUAUGGAAGGCACCAUGGUUGAUCUUCCUGGUGUCCUAGCGCUCAAGAAGAAGUAUAAGUUCUUUUUGUACGUGGACGAGGCCCACAGUAUCGGUGCCCUGGGCCCGAGGGGCCGUGGUGUUUGCGAUUACUUUGGCAUUGACCCGGCUGAGGUUGAUAUCCUGAUGGGCACUUUGACCAAGUCAUUCGGCGCCAACGGCGGUUACAUUGCGGCCGACAAGCACAUCAUUGACGGUCUCCGGAUGAGCAACGCGGCUAGUCUUUUGGGCGAAUCCGCGACCCCCUCCGUCCUGAUGCAGAUUCUCACCUCUCUCAGGCUAAUCACCGGCGAGAUCGCCCCCGGCCAAGGCGAGGAGCGUCUGCAGCGUCUUGCCUUCAACUCCCGGUACCUCCGCCUCGGACUCAAGCGUCUUGGUUUCAUCACGUAUGGUCACGAUGACUCGCCUAUCAUCCCGAUCGUGCUAUACCAUCCGGGCAAGAUGUCGGCUUUCAGCCACGAAAUGCUCAAGCGCAAGAUCUCGGUCGUGGUGGUCGGAUACCCGGCCACUCCGCUCAUCAGCUCGCGUGCCCGUUUCUGUUUGUCAUCUGCCCACAACAAGGAGGACAUGGACCGCGUCUUGGCCGCCUGUGAUGAGGUCGGUGACAUCCUGCAGCUCAAGUACUCUACCGGCAUCGCGGGCGGUCAGGAACCGCUACCGGAUGGCGUCACCCCGGAGAUGGAGAAGGAGUGGCGUCGCGCGAAUGGCCUCGAGGGUGUCAUCAAGCCACCCCGGUGGAAGCUGGAUGAUGUUAUUGAACGUGGUGUACAGGAUGCGAAGGAGCAGCUGCGGUAG